UACAAUCAAAUUGCCCGUUCUCUGCGCCAUUUAAGGUGUCUCUAGUGGAUUCUUCUCAUGCAUCCACCUCCUCCGCCCUCUGUGCUCUCUGAUGGAACCGUCUGCGGCCGCUGCUGUCACCGCUGUCGCCCGCCGCCGCCUCCUCAUCCUCCUCUUUCUGUUCUCCCUCCUCUUCUUCGCCUACCUCUCUUUCCUCUCCUCGCCUUUCUCUCCUCACUCCUCAUCUAUCGGCACUGCUUCUUCUAAUAGAAAGUUUCGUUCUUUAAGCAGUUCGCUGCCUGUCCACCCUCUUGACCCGCUUACUGUCGAUGAAAUCUCCACCGUCCGGUCUGUCCUCCUUUCCCACCCUCCCUUCGCCUCCCCGAACCCUUUCCCCUCAAUCCACUCCCUCUCCCUCGCCGAGCCUUCCAAAUCUGUAGUCCGCUCCUGGCGCCCCGGCAUCAACCCCCUCCCCCCUCGCCGCGCCCUCGUCGUCGCCUACUCCCCUUCCUCCUCCCUAUCCCACCUCCUCACUGUCGACAUCUCCUCAAAGCGCGUAAUUCACCAUGACACGGUCCCCCUCUCCGCCGCCCACGGCUACCCGAUCCUCACCGCCGACGACAUGUCCCGCGCUACGUCGGCCCCCUUCGCCGAUCCGCCCUUCCUCCAAGCAGUCCGCUCGCGCAGCCUCGCCCCCUCCGACCUCACCUGCGUCCCCCUCCCCGCCGGCUGGUUCGGCAAAACCGAAGAAUCCGCCCGCCUCGCAAAAGUCCAGUGCUACUCCCACGCCGGCACCGCUAACUUCUACAUGCGCCCCGUCGAGGGCCUCACCGUCUUAGUCGACCUCGACAAGAACCGAGUGAUCGAAAUCCUCGACAACAAACAACCAAUCCCCCUCCCCUCCGACGACGACACCGACUAUCGAUACGACGUCCAGAAAAAGAAAACAACAAAACAGAGGGCGCAAUACAAGCUGAACCCAAUAACGCUCGAACAACCGGAGGGCCCGAGCUUCACGGUGGAGGGGGCGCACGUGAUCCGGUGGGCCGGGUGGGAGCUGCACGUGCGCCCGGACUCCCGGGCGGGGAUGAUAAUAUCCCGCGCGAGAAUAAACGACCCGGAAACCGGUAAGGCGAGAGAGGUGAUGUACAAAGGAAUGGCGUCGGAAUUAUUCGUGCCGUACAUGGACCCGACCGAGGGGUGGUACUUCAAGGCGUAUUUGGAUGCGGGCGAGUACGGGUUCGGGCUGCAGGCGAUGUCGCUCGACCCGAUAAACGACUGCCCACGUGGCGCGUAUCUGAUGGACGGGGUGCUCGCCGGGUCGGACGGGAGGCCGUUCGUCCGGCCCGGAAUGGUGUGCGUCUUCGAGCGCUACGAAGGUGACGUGGCGUGGCGCCACUCCGAGGGGCCCACCACGGGAAUCAACAUACGUGAAGUGCGUCCAAAGAUAACUUUGGUUGCGCGAAUGUCUGCGUCUGUUGGAAAUUAUGACUACAUAGUGGAUUGGGAGUUUCAAACGGAUGGGCUUAUUCGAAUCAAGGUUAGUCUCAGUGGCAUGUUGAUGGUGAAGGGAACAGUUUACAAGAACAUGAGCCAAGUUCCGGAACAUGAGGAUCUCUACGGAACCCUACUAACCGAAAACCUAAUCGGUGUGGUGCACGACCACUACGUCACCUUCUACUUGGACAUGGACGUCGACGGCCCCGAGAACUCGUUCGUCGACGUGCACAUCGUGAAGCAGGAGACGGGCGCGGGGGAGUCCCCCCGCAAGAGCUACCUGAGGGUCGAGAGGCGGGUCGCGAAGACGGAGGAGGACGCGCGGAUUAAGCUGAAGCUCUACGACCCAUCGGAGUUUCAUGUGGUGAACGCGAAGAGGACGUCGAGCGUCGGGAACCCCACGGGGUAUAAGAUCGUCCCCGGCGCGACCGCUGCGAGCUUGCUCGACUUGGAUGAUCCACCGCAGGAGCGAGCUGCGUUCACAAACAACCAGAUAUGGGUGACUCAGUACAAUGCUAGUGAGGAAUGGGCAGGUGGAUUUUUUGUGUACCAAAGUCAAGGAAAAGACACACUUGCCCAGUGGUCUGAAAAGAAUAGGCCAAUUGAGAAUAGGGACAUUGUGUUAUGGUACACAAUGGGGUUCCACCACAUCCCAUGCCAAGAGGACUAUCCUAUCAUGCCCACUGUGUCCUCCACAUUUGAUCUUAAGCCUGUUAACUUCUUCAGAAGGAACCCUAUCCUUAGGGCCAAGCCAUAUACUGAAGAUGAUUUCCCUGUGUGUAGACCACAAGCAUCUGUCCAAAAAUAAAAAAUAAAAAAUAGAAGUUAAAAAAAAAAAAUCUAUUUGAAGGUCAUUCAAAUGAUAUAAAUUACAAAAGUUCAUAGAAUAUAUGUUGAUUUAGUACAAGGAAAAUUAAUAGCUAGCUUGUAGGUGAGGAUAAGUUCCUUCUUAUCCUUGGUUCUAUAUAUAUAUAUAUAUCCUGCUAUAUAAUAUUGUGAGGAUAUAUAUAUAUAUAUAUAUACAUUGGA